ACUUGUAUAGUCCAUCAGCUAUAGGAAGGAGCCCAAGCCGAUUCAUAAAGUGUAACUACAGAUCUGCAUUCAAUUUUGCAUCCGAUACUCCAGUAGUUCAGCGUCACUUCAAGCAUCAGGAUCCACUUGUAGAGUCCAGCUAUAGGAAGAAGCCUAAGCCGAUUCAUAAGGCACAGCCCCCGAUCUGCAUUCAACCUCGCAUCCGAUACUCCUAGCGUUCAGCGUCACUUCUACCAAAAUCAUCGCUGCCUAUAUAUAAUUUCUACUAGAAGCAUGGCUUUACAAACGGUCGAGUUCAAAUGGGAGAUUGAAGAUUUCUAUAUGUGCGUGCAACCUGGCAAGUUCAUCGAGUCGCCGAAAUUUACGGUGUAUUGUUCCAUCGGAAAAGUUGCCCAGCAAGUUGAUUGGCAUGUUAAGCUCUUUCCUAACGGACGCACACACGAAGAACGUGACUUUAUUUCCAUCUAUUUAAAAUCGAGCACCAAGGUCCAAGCAUCGUGUAGCUUCACUCUGUUCAAUCGUGUGGGUGAAGUAGAUUUCAUUAUAGAAAAUAAGAAUUCAAAAGUUGAAAUAUUUCCGAGUGAGAAUAGCUGGGGCGACGCCAAAUUCACUCGAGUCGAAUCCAUUAAGAAAUGCGGCACCUCCGAUAACCGGCACAUUGUAUCAGUUGUGUGCCGGUUAACGAUAAUACCCCAAAACGAAGUGUCAAAACUCGAGCAUCGUGAUGGAUAUAAAAAAGUCAGAUUCUCAGAUCGGUUCGAAGAUCUUUACGAGAGCAAGAAAUUUUCUGACGUGUCGCUAAUUUCGGAAGGCAAAACUGUGAAAGCGCACAAGGUCAUACUUGCAAACGGCAGUGCCGUGUUUAACACCAUGUUUGACGCCGACAUGAUGGAAAAGCAGAGGAAUACAGUGGUAAUCAACGACAUCAAGUACGAUGUUCUCGUAGAACUGCUACGAUUCAUUUAUUGCGGAAGAAUACACAACAUCGACGAGCUAGCCUUUGAGCUAGCCAUAGCUGCAGACAAAUACGCAGUGGAUGAUCUGAAGGAAGUGUGCGAGGAGACCAUCGCGAAGAACUUGAACAACGGAAACGCCAUUGCCUGCCUCAAACUGUCCGACAAACUCAACAUGGACUUGCUGCAGAGGAAAGCUUUGGAAUUCAUUGUUUGCAAUGAUGUUGUCUCUCGUCAAUUGGAAUUCAAGAUGUUGCCUUCGCAUAUUUUGUUAAAAUUGUUUUACGCUAGUACCGAAGCCAUUAAGAAAUACAAGUGCACUUAGUAAUAAUAUAUAGUUUGUAUAUGAUUCUAAAAUUAAGGGGACGGAUACACCUUAAAUAGUCAAAAAAUGAAAAAUUCAAUUUUUUGACAAUUCGAGGUAGAUCCGUCCCCUUAAGAAAAAUGGCUUGGUCGGCCGUUCGGGUCUUAAUGUGAUAUUCAUUGAUUUUAAUAAUAUACCAUUGUUAACGAAGGCACGCGGGUGGCAAAUGCCCGUGUUGCGGCACCUGCACGAAUAAUACAACUUCCCUCCCGAGCGUCUGGAAACUUUUUUAUGUAUGUAAUCCUCGAAUUUAUACUAGGAAACACAACUCGACUGUAAGAUUUUUGUAAAUGAUUUACCAAUUUUGUAACUAUUUUUACAAAUACUAAUAUAUAUUUUAUGUAUUUUUGUACGACUUUAGCCAUAAGAAAUAUUGCGAUGAUCAAACUUUAUAUUGUAAAUUGUACAGUGUAGCGUACUUAUGAUGUACAAAAAAUAUAUAUAUUUGUUGAAAACCAUAAUAAAAUAUUUGUUAAUCUUAUAUACAUAAUCAGUGAUUAUUUUAUCUCACCCAGGGAACGUUCGUAAACUACUUGCACAUUUAAAUAGUAAAUGAGAGGACUUAAACUCUAUUUUUUUACUUUUUUCGGUAUAAUAAGAGCAUAAACACUUAUAAAAUUUUAAAAAUAGCACACAAUUUUUCCCUUAUUACCACUAAGAAAGAAAAUAAUUUUUUAGCAAUAUACCUCCUUGAUUUAGCAGAUACCGGCGCGGAUGAUCGACGCAACGACUCGGCAAACACAAAUUAUUAUUUCAACGAUAGUGUGUUCGCCGAUCGAACGCGUGCUGUUUGCGUAUGUGUUUCGGCUUCUGAACGAAUUUAUUUUUCAAUCCAAAUAGAAAAUUUUACUUUUCGGCCGAGACUCAUUAUGUGGUUCGUCGACUUUUGAUCUUUUAAUUUAUUGCGGAAAAAUCUGACGUGUCUUAUGCGAUGACUUCUUUCAUUUCGCCGAAAGCGAAGCUAGUUACAGGAAAUAAUUUUACUUUUACGUCUACACUAGGAAGGAUUAGCAUUCAAUUUAUUUAUCGCCUAUAAAUUAGGAGAACAGAAAACAAAAUUAAUACAUCAGAAAGUCGAAAAUUAUAAUAUAAGCUGCCUGCCUACGUACGUCUACUUUAAACAAUACCAAUGUCUCGCAUAACGUUGACUCGAAUAUACAUAAGUAAACAGUGAAAUAAUCGUCGUUGUAUUGUGUGUGGGUAUUUAAUUAGUAGAGGAAAAAACGAACAGAUUUUUCUAAAAUGAUAUAGAUGAAUUAAGUCUGUUGAAUAAUAAUCAUGCAUAUAUAAUAUGCACAUAUUUUAAUUAACGAACUGGCUUACAAAAUUUGAAAUUCAUCUUAUUUAACGUGAUAAAAUGAUUAUAAAGUAAAGUAAAUGAAUAUUCUUUCAAAAUGUCAUUAUUCUUAUAUAAACGGAGAGAAAUGUAUCACUAAAUAUUCCUAUAAUUUUCAUAAAAAAUGACUAUACCAAUAUAGUAAAGAGGUCAUAAAUUCGACUUAUAGUAAAUUUUAGUAUACGGUAUAGUAAAAUUUCAAAUCAUCAAAUUUUACUAUACUACAUAGCAAUUUUUACUAUACCACAUACUAAAUUUUAUGGAUACAAAAUCUUUUUAAAAAUAUAUUUUUGUCCCUUUCAUUUUGUCGUCUCUCUUAAUGUUUCUUCUUUUAUUUUUGUUUGUAGCGUGUUGGAGGAGAGAACUUUCAUUAUUUAUUUGUCACAUUCAAUCUCGCAGUUUAAGAACGAAAGUCGCAUCGCAUAGAAUUUCUUAUAUGAUAACCUAAAUUCACAUAUAUCGCAAGCUAAUUAUUACACAUUUCACAUGUCGCAACCUAACAAUGCAUCGCUAGACUAAUCGCAUUUAUAUUUAUAUAGGAAAUUUAAGUGCACUUCGCGCACACCUUAUCAUGUCAUAAUUAACAUUUAAAUUUUGCUGCCUGCUUAGCACCAACAGUUUGAAGCGUUUGUAGGUUAUGUAAUAAAAUCCGUAUUUCUGAUUCGCGUUCCUUAAUUAUUGUACCAGGCGACCGUUUCUCAAUUAAAUGCUUCAUAACAAAGCCCAUCACUUUUUAAAAAGAGGAUCACUUUUUAAAAAGAGGAUAUAAUGUUCCGAUCUGUAAGUUUCUUAUAUACUAACCGAACAGUUUUUGUCACUUGCGAGUGGAGUUUACGAGACACCCCCUAGCGGCAGUAAGUGAACAGGCGAAUUUCUGUCGUCGGGUUAAUUUACGACGAAUUUUUGAGCUCUGUCGAUAAUUUUUUACCGACGGAACACAGCGAGUCAGAGCGAAGUGCAAUUUUUACUAUACUGGUAUAGCAAUUUUUGAUAAAUGCAUAGUAAAUUUUCACACAAACAUACUAAAUUUUCUGCAUAGGUCCGAGUUUAAACCUCAAUUAGUAUACAGUAUAGUAAUUUUUGCUGAUACAUUUCUCUCCGUGUAAAUGUGUAAAAUAACUGGUAAUAACGUUUCUGCUUGUCGGACCAAAGUUUAUUGUCUGGAUUAACUCACUUACCGUCACUUCGAUUAAUUUAUCCAUGAACAUUUCUGACAGUCGCCGUUAUUACCAUAAUUGCAAAAUUAAACUCUUAAUAAUACUUAUCUGAAACAGCAACAAGAAAGUUUGUGGUAUCCGAGUGACCUUUCAAUCCUAAUGAACUUGUUGAGUAAUCAGGCGAAAGAAAUGUUUACAUUUAUCCGCGUCUUUCGACGCUGUGCAUAUGCUAAGAAAAAAAAAUGUCGACAGAAAUUAAUUUCGAUCAGCCACGAUUUCAUAGAAAUUCUUUCAAUUAUUAUUUUUACAGGAUUACUCAUGAACAAAUUAUUUCGAGAAAUAGAACCUUAAGGAAAUAUUUCUUCGCUGUAAAAAAGAACUAAAGUAAAAACCAAAUUAAAAUAAAUAUUACACGAAUCGUGCCAACGUCAAAAGUCACGCACGGAAAUCCAUAAAAGCAUCACGACUCCUAAUACGUCUGAAAAAGUACAAACAUCGUCGUCCCGAAACUAAAUCACUCUGUAUAGAGCAAGCUUCUCAAAAAUCCAACCCCAAAUCCCAUCCCGACGACGCGAAAAUCAAACAGAAGUCAAUCUCCCGCGUUCCUCUUCCUCUCUCUCUCUCUCUCUCUCUCUCUCUCUCUCUCUCUCUCUCUCUCUCUCUCUCUAACCCACACACUCUCAUUAAAAGCGCGUCUUAUCCUAUCGUCUCUCUUUCUCUGUCUCCUUCCUCAAAGCGCGAGCCGAGAGAGAAGCAUCGAUCGGCAAGUAGUCGUCGGCUCGCGAUCGCAGUACGCGCCUCGAGUGCCGAGUGAAAAGAGUCGUGCCGCGCGCGCUCGCCGCGUCUUUUUUUUCUCUUUCGAAGAAUAUACCUUAAGAUUUUAACACGCGGUAGAGUGGACCAGGUUCUCGUAUACCCCGUCAUCGCGAUGAAUCGACUGGCGAUUCUCAUCGCGUUAAUCGCCCUUAUUCAUAAUGGAACAGCCCAAAGGAGGCCAGCGAGGCCAGAUUUCUCGCGGUUCGGAGAGACUUCAUCCGGCUGCAGUUCUCUUCAGUUCCGCUGCAAGAACGGCCAGUGCAUAACGAGCGAAUCCCUCUGCGACGGCCUCGUCGACUGUCGAGACGGCUCCGACGAGACUCGCUCCGAGUGUUCCGGUCCCAACAGUCUUCCCUGCAAUCCUCGCACCUUCCGCUGCGACUACGGCGCCUGUGUCGACGGUGACGCCCUUUGCAACGGCAUCAAGAACUGCGCCGACAACAGCGAUGAAGAUCCCGAGAAGUGCAGGUCAUCCGGCGGUAACAAUGGAUAUCAGAACACGACUCACGAGGUCAGCUGCAGGAGCAACCAGUUCAGGUGCGACAAUGGCCAAUGCAUCGGGAACACCGAGCUCUGCGACGGCAACGUCGACUGCACCGAUCGCUCCGACGAGACGGUCCUCAGCUGUGGAUCCUUCAACUGUCCCCAGUACGUCUUCCGUUGCGCCUACGGUGCCUGCAUAGACAACGACCUCAAGUGCAACGGUGUGGUCAACUGCGCGGACGGUUCCGACGAGGACCGCAACCUGUGCGGCGGCUACGAAGAACGGACCACCAAACGGACGACCAGACCAAACGACGACCCCUACAACACCAACCAGGGCAGACCAACCGAUGACCCUUACAACACCAGCCAGCCGAGGCCGACCUCAAGGCCAACCUCCAGACCAACACAGAGACCAACGUCCAAGCCUCCACUGGUCAGAGAGUCCUGUGACGUGCCCGACCAACCGGAGAACGGACAGUGGAUGUUGGAGAAGAGCCAGUGCCAUAGCGGUUCCAACUGUCGAGUUCAACCCGGGGUCAGGACACUCGAUCCUGGUACUCAGCUGGUUUACAAGUGCAACUCUGGCUACAAGCUCAACGGAACCUCGGCUGUGUUCUGUGGACUCAACGGCAAGUGGUCCAGGAUCCCCAAGUGCCAAGAAAUUCGCUGCCCACCACUGAGCUCCGCAUCCCGUGAAGCCCAGUGCACGUACGAAGACAACUGGACGUCCUGCGACAGUCCAGUCUUGCCGAGAACCAUAGCCCAGCUGAGCUGUCGCAACAGCUACAGACAGGACGUGACAGACCUGACGAGGCGCGACAAUAUCAAGUGCAACGCCAAGGGCGAGUGGGAGCCUCAGCCGAUAAAAUGCGUCUCAGUUUGCGGAAUAGCUUCGACGAGCACCGGUGUACCACUCAUUGUCAAUGGAACACGAGCAAGUGUAUCCGACUUCCCAUGGCAUGGAACCUUGUACAAAGCCAAGGGCAACGAAAAGCAAUUUAUCUGUGGUGCUACGAUUAUUAAGGAUAAUCUCUUGGUGACUGCGGCUCAUUGUGUUUCCGAUGAAGUGCAUAAGAAAAUCGAAAGACCUUCCACGUUCUACGUUGCUGUUGGCAAUGUUUUUAGAGAUUAUGACUACGAAGGACAUGAUCCGCGUACAGUUAAGAAGACUAAGGUAAAGGACAUUUUCAUAAUUUGCAAUUACUUGGGUCUUGAAGGAAACUACGCGAGUGACAUAGCUAUAUUGCAAAUUGAGACGGCAUUCGUAUUUAGUUCCAUAGUUAUGCCAAUCUGUCUUGAUACAACUUCAGCCAGUGAUCAGGCAGUUCUGGAAGUUGGAAAUCACGGUAGAGUGCCUGGUUUUGGAAGAACUGCUCAAGGAUCAUCGAGCUUUAUUUUACAAGCAAUCACAGUGCCAUAUGUUCCUCUAAACACUUGUAAAUCUAGCAGUAUUGCUUCGGACAGCGAAAAAUAUAUAACCAUAGAUAAAUUCUGUGCAGGAUACACCAAUGGUUCAUCAGUGUGUGAUGGUGACAGUGGUGGUGGUCUUGUUUUCAAAACUGACAACAAAUGGUAUCUUAGAGGUAUUGUGAGCGUAGGAAUUGGAGCAACCAAAGUGGGUGCAGUAAGAACUUGUGACAGUUACGCUUAUUCUUUGUACACAAGAGUGUCAAGCCACAUGGAAUGGAUACAGGAUGUGAUACUUCGUUUAGAAACCAACAAGCCAUUCCCUAUCUGUUCGUGAAUUGCAUGAGCAAGAGAUUUUGCAGCUAUUGUCCUUAUGAAAUGAAGUACUGUCUUUUCACAUCAUAUUUGACAUCUAUCGUUUAGUCAUAUAAAUAAAUCUGUCAAAUACAUAUCAUGAAUUUUAAAACAAGUUCCAGAUCACUAUUUCCAACAGAAUCUGUACAAACAUUCAUUGAACAGUAUCUUCAAGCUCAACGUAAUCUUGUUAUUUAUAUGAAAACUAGUCAUUGUUCUAAGACUGACGAUGCUCUGUUUCAUUUUUCAACAAUUGUUAAUGAUUAUAAAUGAAACAUCAAGAAAA